AUGGCAGUACCACCCAACCACCCGUUCAAGAAGCUCCUCAUCGUCGGUGACAAAGGUGUUGGGAAGACCAACCUUCUUCUUCGAUUCUCGGAUAUACCUAUAGCAGGGAUAGAACUUGGAGUGAAAACAAUUGAGUUGGGCAACGAAUUACCAGAACUUGCUACCGCUGAUGGUAUUUUGUUGAUGUAUGAUGUGACCAAUGAGUUAUCAUUCGAGCAUAUUCUUAAAUACAUGCAUAAUUUUCCGAAAAAUGUGAAGAAGAUACUGGUGGGGAACAAGGCGGACAUGGAUGAUGAGAGCAAAAGAGCAGUGCGGAGACGUAGAGGUCAAACUCUUGCGGAUAUAUAUGAAAUCAUGUUCUUGGAAACCAGUGCAGAGACCAACAAGAAUGUUGAAGACGUUUUCUUUGCAUUAGCCUUGAGCACUUAG